AUCCAUAUCGUGUUACUGUAUGCUUUAUCAACAGAUGAAAUAAAAUUGUUUUAAAAAGGGUAUGAAAAGUAUGUAAAAUUUGUCUGCAAUGUUUGGGGCCGUGCCCACGUCAGUGCCCGUCAACCUCUCCUGUCAACAGGUCUCUCACCCAAGAACGGUUUGCGCAUACUCACGUUCACUCUCCACUAGCGUUGUUUUCUCAGGAGGUUGACCCAGCCUUCAACCGGACACCAGCGCAAGUCUUUCAGCUGUGUUUCCAGUACUAAGAGAAGAUGGCCAGUGCUUUUGUAUGGAACUUCUUCAGGCCUCCGAAAGGCGGCAACCUGCCCAAGUUGAUUGAGUACUGGUUCUACGUAGGGAACCACGGCGUCAAGAGUCACCCCGACUUCCUCGCUACUCACCUGCACAAGAACCUGCAGCCGGACCCGAAGUGGGUCUAUGUGAACUUCGGAAUCUUCAAAACAGACGGGUUUAUAAUGACGGGUCCCAACGCUAACCCCGUCAUGAAACAAGCCAUGGGAGAAGCCAGCAAAAUCAAGCCGGAUGCAGAGUUUCUCAUGGGUGGUUUUGCGGAGGCCGCAGUGACCACUGGAAAGUCGCCGUACCCGUACGAGCGCCCCAACACCCACCGCUACCUCGUCUCACACUUCACCGUGCCUGACGAUAUUCCAGCCGGAGAAUUCGAGGCUAACUGGAAAGACUUGACAGGUGUCAAUCACCUGGAAAAGGAGGUCACCCCCGACAUGGGGUACGUCUUCUCCGCGCUGUACAGGAGGGUCACACCCCACGGACCCUACCGAUACGUGGUACGUUCCGAGUUCUCCGAUCUGCACGACAAGCAAGAGGUCGGGUUCGGGCUCGUCGAGAAACUUCGGGACUUCUUCGGCUCCGAUGUCCUGGCGAGUAAGAAGAUCGAGGCCGAUGCUGCUUUGAGUAAAGUUGUCAUUGAAAUGCAACUAGAUUGAUCAACAGUACUAUAAGGAAACUAGCAGUUUUCUACUGGUUACAGUAGGCAAAGGUCUGCAGUGUAGCAAUACGACAUUAAUACUCAUACAAAGGUAACAAUAACAUAGGUUGUUUUGUUCUUUCACAUGCUCAAGGGUUAUAUACGGUAACUCGUCAAUAAAGUGACAUAUAUAUACACGU